GCCACGAAGUUGCCAAUGAGUGGCGCGACGCACAUAGGUUCGCGUUGCCAGUCACCGACGGAGCUUGAUCGUCUACGUGCCUCUUUAAAUCAGCAAGUUUACAGUUGUGAUCGAGAACAUUUUUCCAAUCACAAUCGAAUAUCUUUGAUGCUUCCUGUAUUGUCUCAAAAAUGAUAUUUUAAUAUUUGUGUAACUUAAAUUCAACAUAAAUUCUGAUAGCAACGUUGAAUAUGUCUAAAAUCGCUCUGAAACUAUAUCGAUCCAAUGUUCGGGUGAAGUGAAUACGAACGUGUAGCUGUGUAGAAUUGUGUAGCGUCGUCGCGUCAUUCCGCGCCAUUCGCCGAUUUGUUUUGACAUGUGUGUGUUCUGCCAUAUUGGAUUAACACGUCGUAUAUUAAGGACUAAAUAGGCGCGAGUUUCGCGCUAAAAAGAGCAAUACUUUUUCGGGACAACAAUGGAUCGUACAACGAGAAUCGCGUGGAUCAUUUAAGGUCGGGGGCGAUCAAUGCCCGAUGGCGUGGACUGGAACGCAACGUUGGAGAAAUCCUGCUCCAGAAGGUGACGAUGUACAACGAUCGAUCGAGCUGCUGGACAAAGUGCUCUCAGAGUACGACGAGCACGAAGCAGAGGGCGAAGGUGGUGGAGGCGUCGGCGUCGGCGUCGGCAGUGGCGGUGGCGGCGGUGGUGACGGUAGUGGAGGUGGGAGCGGCGGAGGUGUUGGGGAUUGUGGCAGCAGCACCGAACCAAGUAUUGGUCUCACACCUGACGACGAAAGUCCGUCCUUAGGACAUCAAUCCGAGGACGACGGUUACAUGAGUAUGAAUGGACGGAAAGCGAAGAUGGCUCUGGUAGCACUACGUCCGGUUCCAGAUUGUCCAGAGCCACAGGAUCUUGCGGGUAUAUCUACCCAAGAAUUUCCACCACCGCCGGAAGAAGCCGAACGAAUCAUUUCUACUUUGUUGCCCAUGGUAUCGCCUGGAAAUUCUUCAAAACGAAACGGCCAUCCAUCAACUCGUCGAAGCGGACGACAACAGUGGAUGAUAGCUAUGGAGGAUAGUAUACGACACGGAAACGGUACUGUUACCACUCAAACAACUCUCCCUAAAACUCGACACCAGAGACCAUAUGGAUGGGAAAAUGGUAAUGGUGAACCAUUAAAAUUAGCUCAACCUCCAAGUCCACCAAGUAAAUUCGCCAGCUUACCAUACGAUGGUAAAGUGUCGUUCGGUUGGAUCCCACCUCGAACCAAUCCAACGACCAUAGAGAAGCAUCGCGAGGUCAGACGUCGAUCCUCCGAGGAGGAGGGACUAGAAGGGAAUAACAAAAACCAUCGACAGAAUUUUGAGAAGGAUCGAACGUCGCAUUUGCGAAAACAACGUCAAAACAAUGAGAUUAUGAAAUCGAGCAGUGUAGAGGAUCGAUUGUUGAUGAAUCACGAACAAUCGGAACAAAACGGUCGUAGAAGGAACGAUUCUGAUUCGAGUGAAGGAAGAUUCUCGAGAAACUCCGAAUCCGAGAGAUCCUCGAUCCCACGCUCGAGUUCGAUCAGUGUCGAAAGAUUUUCCAUGAGAGCGACAUGCGGAUCCUCCGAUUUUUCAAGGGCGAACUCGAUCUCGAACGAGAGAUUCCAUUCUUCAGAUUUCUCGAUAGCCGUGGCCAGUGCCAGCUCGAAUGAUCGUGUUUCCGUGCCGACAUCCGAACCUUUUUCGAUUCGAAACCUCGACUUUGUUUCGUUUUCUUUACCGACGAGAACCGAUUCUAAUGAAAGAUUCUCGGCCCCAACCUCUGACAGAUGUUCCGAAGAGCGUUAUUCCGACAUGUUCUCCACCAGAAACUCGGAUUUCUCGACCAGAAACUCGACGGAUUUUAGAACUCAAUCCGAAGAGGAACGGUUUUCCGAUGAUUCAUUGGAAGAACUUUUACCUCCUCCUCCUCCGAUCAGCAAGAGGCAUUCCAUCGCUUGGGAAGUACCUCUGGAAGAUGAUCCUUUAUACGCUCCAGGAAGUACCAAAGUGAUCGGUAGGAGACGGCGUAAGAGCAGCGAUGUGUCCAGUGUUGGAUCAGCAUCCAAACUUCGCGAUUUCGACGAUUGGCAAGAUCCACGAUUAUCGACUACCGAUGAUGAUUUAAUCUCUCCAUAUUCGGACUCUUCGACAAAUGAACUUGAUCAGAUACGGCCACAAGAUUUAACGAAAAAUGGUACCUACGUGAUACGCCGUGGUCGAAAGAAAGAACGAAAAGGAUUGCCAAAAGCUCCUACCAAAACUAAAAGUUUAUCCUUCGAGAACAGCGAGGAGAAUCCGUUGUCCAACGUGAAACGAUACUCGAGUACCUUUGAUAACAUCAGAAGUCUUUUAAGGGAAAAUAAAAUGGACGAACCGAUCGGACGAGACGAUCCGCCAAUAGAAUUUGCGCCAUCUGUUCCGCCCGAUUUGGUCAGAGUAGUCUCACUUCCGGCGAUUAACGAUGAAACCGAUAAUUGGCCACGGGAAUUGGAAGUCACAGUUGAAGAGGAAGAAAGUUCAGAUCUCUCGGACAAAGAUAAGAAGACUCGAGAAAUAUACGAAUUGAUCCAAUUAUCAUCCUCAUUAUCAUCGAAUGACAAGCCUGAGAAAGAUCUGGCUGAAUCUGUAAAUCAAGAAAAUAAUGAGUCAAAUAGUACAUGUAAUGGAGUUUCUUUUUCAACUUCUAAUAGUUAUUCUAAGGGAUUUAGUCUAGCUAUAACACCACCUGGCGGGAACGCAUUCAUCGAAGAAUCAAAUGCGAGAAAAUCGCCUAAUUCCAGCCUUGGUAAUGAAAAUCGGUUAGCAUCCAAGAUUCCGGUAAAUUUAUUAAUUGAAGAUCAAAUUGUAAAAAAAGCUUUGAAGGAAAAUCGACGACAAUUAGAGAAAGUGAGUGAUGCUAUAAAAGAGAUUGAGAGCGUGAAGAACAGUGAAUCUUAUUCGGAGAAUAAACAACGAUGGAUCCGUAGUGGAGAUGCGAAACAACCAUUAACGAGAAAAACUAGUCUCGAUAACGAAUCCAAUGAACGUGUCACCGCAGAUGCUAGAGCGAAAAAACAACUUGAUUCAGAUCUUGAUUCAGAUUCAGCAUCUAAGACCAGUCCAGAAACGACAGAUAUCGAGGGAAGAAGAAUAAAUGGAACAGAUAUUUAUGCAUCAGGGAAAAGAUUGCGACAGAAUGGUGUCGUUGAUGGUCAUAAGAACGAUCAAAAGCAAAUCGAAAAUGUGAUCGACGCCAUUCUUGAGGAUUCCAAAAAUCCAGAUUUUCAGGUAAGUGUAGAAGUUCUCGAAUUUCCUCCGUUACCACCUUCCCCUGUAGAAGAAGCAGAUGAGGAAAGCUCGGACAUCGGUCAGAGUGCCAUGAUUGUUUCGAAACCAAAAAGUCAUAGCAAUCGAACAAUGGAAUAUAGACCUAGAGUGCCACCUCAUCGUGGCCCUGUUACUACCAAUCAUUCGUUCUCAGAUUCGAAAGAUCAACAAAUAUCUCUCAAUACCAGAUCCAUGGAUGCUGGAUUCUCUCGGGGUAAAAGAACACCUACUGCCACCACUUCCAGACGAGAGCAAAUACCAGUAGAACGAAGAACUUUGCCUACGGAUUUACCAGGACCAUCGCGACGACGGCCUUUUACAAAGAAACACUCACCAUCUGCAGAACCAUGCUCAUCUGUUGGAAAUGGCAAUUGCAGUGGUAAUACUGUCACAAACGGAGUUAACAGUGGAGCUUGUAGUAGUACUAGCGGUGGAACCAGUAGUAAUAUAGCAACCAGUACCAGUGGGAUGCAAACUUCCUGUUCGCUUCCGGAAACUCCUGUUUUUGCUAGAGGAAGCGAUAUUCCUAGAACUCCUCAGCAUGCCAGCAAUCCUACGCAAAUGCGUCGGCAACCUGGUUGGUAUGCCCCAACCUCGGCUACCACCGGGUAUCGCAGGAAUAAUCCGGGUCUGGAGCAAGCGAUAAUCGGGACAGAAUUAUUGCGAUUAGCCGGUGGCCCGAAUCGAGGAUGGUAUCCAACAAGGAAGGCGAACCAACCACGACCAGCUUCGAUCGAACAUCUUGAACGACUGAACAAUGCGUACGAUCCACGCUUGGCAGGUUCCGGAGACCAGAGGAAACCAUUGACUCUACCAACAAACAUCACACCGAACAAAUACUUCGGCCAAAGUAAGCACAGCUCCGCCUCCAGUACUCGCGAGGCGCUACGGAGGGUCACUAGCUUGCUCAUCAAGAAAGGAAGUGGAAGCAAAGAUGGAAAAGGUGGGAAAGAUAAUGCAUCACCGUGUGGUCCUUAUGCAGCGGCCGAGUGUGGGGACGCACCUAAAAAGAAAGGAUUCUUCAAAGGUUUCUGGAAGAGAUCACGUCAUUAUUCAUUGGAGAACCAAUAGCCCAGGUUAGGCGGUAGGGUGAUGGGCCACCAGCAACGACAGACAUCGCGGCAACAACACCAUUAUCGACAACACGUCGCUACAAGCGCUUUGACGCACAGUGCUUGUUGCUGCAUCGUCCAGUAGCCUCGGUCCCGUUUCGUGGUAGAACCAGCGACAAGGUUCGCGUUCUUUCGUCCAUUUCAUCGAGCUUUUAUUCCGCCCGAUCAGUGGUCUCCGAAUACAACAAGCUACGUCAAUCCGUGGGUAAAAUCAUUUUGCGUAUUUUAUGUUUUUCAAUUCUCUUUGAUUUCUUUUCCUUCUCUUCUCCAUCUUUCCCCCACAUUCUCUUUUCCCUUUUCUCUAUUUCAUUCUAUUUUUUUUUUUUGUUCAAUCUCAUUUCUCAUUUCGUUACAUCAUGAUACAAGUAUUAUGUAUAUUAUAUUGUUUAGCUCCUUUCGCACAACUCGUUUGUUCGUUUCAGCAUUUUACUUUAAAGCGUGAAACAGAAUAGAAGCAAUAAUGUAAAGUGCUGCGCGAAUCGUGUCGAUUUUAUCUCCAUCUGGCGUUUCAAAUCAAAUCAUUUUUCGCCGUUCGAUAUUCUUUGAUCAAAUAAGCAACUUAAGUAAAUGUUAUAUAUAUUUACUUUUAUUCGAAAGAUUUGAAUGAUGAUAUUUUCAAAUUUGUUCCUUUAUUUUUUCAAUUAUUAUUAUUUUUUUUUUUUUUCCUUUUUCAACGCGAACCGAAAGUGUUGAAAACGAACACGACAUCCAUAGCGAUUUCUCGCAAUAACCGUAGGCUUCGCUUUCGAGAUGCGCACGCGCGCCCUCUUCCGUAUCUCGAGCGGUAAAAAGUUGGAUAAUUUUCGGAUCGAGAGGUAAUCGCAAGCUUGUAUGGCUUUACCAAUUGCUAGAUCGAUUUCGAUUGAACGGAACUUUUACUUUACAGAGGUAACCGCCGAUUAAAUCGUAAUAAUCUCAUCGGGGUGGAAGGUUAGAUCAAUCGUUUGGAACGGGCAGCUGUUUGAUUAGCAAUGCCAAAAAUACAGUAGUCGGCUUUCUAAUUGACGCAACGACGAUCGACGAUCAUCGUGGUUAGUCAUCCGGUCGACAAGUCGCGACCGAUCGCGAGCAUCAGUCACCUAGGCGUUUCUUUUCCAUCAUCUUCCUUGUGUAUCCAACGCGCGAGCACGUUUAUAGAAAGUGAGUAAUAAAUUAUAAGUUAUCCAGUAUUCGAGUACACGAAUAUUCAAUACGUGUUAGAUUGCGUUAGAUUAUAUAUUAUGGCACAAGC